GCUGCAGCAGAUCGAUUCUCAGGCGGACAAAGAGCCGGAGCCUGGCUGCUCUCAGUGGGUCUGGCGAUGUGUUGGGCUCCCAGGGGCCGAGCCGGGGAAUGAGUGAGCCCAUGACUGGCAGGCCGCGGCUUUGAGCCUCCUUCACCAUGGCCGCCGCCAUCAGCUACACCCCACCAUGGUGGGUCAACCUGCUGCACCGGCUCCCCCACCUCAACCUGCACUGGGACACCCUGGAGGGGGACUUCAAACCUGAGGACACCGGCUACCAGCAGUCCCUGAUGCUCCUGGGUUGUGUUGCACUUGCCUGCCUCGCACUUGACCUCUUGUUCCUGCUUUUCUAUUCAUUCUGGUUCUGCUGUCGUCACCGGAAAACAGAAGAGAAUACCAAUGCAGAUUGCUGCUGUACUGCCUGGUGCGUCAUCAUUGCAACCCUUGUUUGCAGUGCUGGCAUUGCUGUUGGUUUCUAUGGAAACGGGGAGACUAGCGAUGGCAUCCACAGAGUGACAUAUUCACUCAGACAUGUGGACCGCACCGUGGCUGGAAUCCAAGAUCGGGUCACUGUUACAAAUGUAGCUUUGAACGAAACUGUGGAUCCAAGUCUGGUGGAACUGGAAUCUAUGUUUGCAAAACAGGCAGAUUACCUCCAUAUUGUUCAGAAACUUCAGAGCCUUCUCUAUACUCUGGUUCAGCAGACCUCGGCGAUCCCUUUCUGGAAAAAUCCUGGCAUUUCUCUGGACGAUCUGGCAGCCCGGAUAGAUCUUUAUGACUGGUAUCGGUGGUUGGGUUAUCUGGGAUUGCUACUUUUCCACGUCCUCAUUUGCUUGUUGGUGCUAUUUGGCCUUAUCCGUAACUCCAAAGCCAUCCUUGCAGGUGUGUGUUUCCUUGGAGUCUUGGCUCUGAUCAUAAGCUGGGCGUCCAUGGGUCUGGAGCUAGCGGUUGCUGUGGGCUCCAGUGACUUUUGUGUGAAUCCUGACACCUUUGUCUCCAAAGUGGUAGAAGAAAAGUCUGUGCUGGGUGCAGAUAUUUUAAACUAUUACCUGAUCUGUAACACUGGAUCUGUCAACCCAUUCCAACAGAUGCUGUCUAGCGGGCACAAAGCGUUGGUGGAAAUGCAAGAUGAUGUUUUGGAUUUAUUGCGUUCAGCUGUGAAGGAAUACCCCAAAUCUAAGGAUUACCUUGUUCGCACCCAGGGAGUACUUAAUGCCACUGAGAUCAACCUGCAGCAUUUAACGGCACUAGUGGAUUGCCGAGGUUUACACUUGGACUACGUCCAGUCUCUCACGGGUUUCUGCUAUGAUGGAGUGGAGGGACUCAUAUACCUGGUUCUCUUUUCUUUUGUCACCGCACUGAUGUUCAGUUCCAUUGUGUGCAGUAUUCCUCAUACCUGGCAGCAAAGGAGGGCCAAUUAUGAAGAAGAGGAGGAAACCACUACCCCAGGGAAUCGACAAACUCAUGAUAACCUGUACAGGGUGCACAUGCCAAGCUUAUACAGUUGUGGGAGCAGCUAUGCUAGUGAAACUAGCAUCCCUGCAGCGGCACACACAGUCAGCAACGCGCCAGUGACCGAGUACAUGAGUCAGAAUGCAAAUUUUCAAAACCCCCGCUGUGAAAACACCCCCUUAAUCGGCCGUGAGUCACCACCUCCUUCAUACACUUCCAGCAUGAGAGCGAAAUACCUGGCCACCAACCGGCCCGAAAGUGAACUUGCGCGUUAACUUAAGUCAACACCUGCUGGCUAAAACCCAGAACUGCGUGGAUCAUCCAUUCUAUGAACAGAAUUUGUCAUAUGCCAACUCCCUCUUCAAAAAUUUCCAAGUGUGACAUUUGUGUGUUGUUCUUGUGCAACCAAAGCCUAAAAGAGCUACAGUUGGUUUGCAGGAAUAAGUGAAGAAAAACAAAGAAAAACCUCUGUCUUCUGGGAAUUGUAAUCAUCAGUUGUUGACCUUGAAUUCUCCAGCUGUUGAAUCUCCAGGAUUUCAUCCUUGUAAAUGAUGUUUGCUGUUUGUGUUCUUGAAUCACAAACUUAUCUAUUUUUCGGGGUCACAGAACCACUGUAUAUAACAGAAUCACCACUGAACCUAAUUUUAUUUUCUUUUUUUUGUAUGCUACGGAUAAUUGGUUUUAACCUUUUUAUUUCCCCUGUGGAUUUUUUUUUUUUUUUUCGAUGUUACCUUGAGCAUCUGAAUUCUGUAAAUCCAGAUGAUGUUUUUAUUCCCAAAUUGUAACUUUCUAUCUGUGUAAGGAAUCUGUUUCGGGAGUACAAAUAGGCACUGUAUAAUGUCUGUUUUAUGAGUCUUAACUUUUGUACUUUUGGUGACUUUUUAAACAUACCAAUGGGAUGAGAAAAAUUUAACAGCUGUGUUGGCUCUUCUCUUUUUUUCUUUUUUUAUUUCUUCAUCAAUGCUUCAUUUGUUAAAUUGUGUACAUGACUUCCUUCAAAGCAGGAAUAACAAAAAUCCACUAACGAAGGAAACCUACUCUUUUUGGCUUAAACAUGUGGAAAAAGAAGUAAAGCAAGCCCAUCUAAAAGCAGUUGUCUACUUAAAUCUAAUCGGUUCCACAAUAUGAAGACCAUUACUUUUUGUGAACCUAUUUUUUUUGUUUGUUUGUUUCUUCCAUCACAGUCUACACUUGUUUUAUCUGCAUAUUACCACCCUCAAUCCAGCCUACCCCAUGAGAAGAAUCCACUAUAUUCCUGGAAGAAUUCUCACAGCUGCCCUGAAAAUGUAAUGGGUUUUACUCUUUCAUGUAUUGAAGGGUUUUGGCCAACUAGCAUGUGAGUCUAUAGAACAUUCAGCUCAUUCCAUUUAAGUUUUGAUCUUUACAGGUGGCGCAUAAACCGCCUACCCAUAGUUUAAGUAGUUGGAGAGUGAAUGUGCUAUAUAGUUCAUUAUACUUUUUCAAGUGGCAGCAUUAAUUGUUUGUUUCUCCUGCCUCAUUAAUGCCAAACUUGGGUCCUGUCUGAUCAUCCUGGCUCAAUUUAUUUUUGGGGGUAGUGGCAAAUCAUAUGUAAAUCAAAUCCCAUGGCCAUCUAACCCUUGCUUGAAUAAUUAAAAGUUAAUCUGGUGUAGGUGAUAUAUACCAUAAUAAUGUAUUAAAGUGGUGCUGUCAUCAAAAAUUGAGUCCUCAUGCUAUACUUUAAACUGAUAAUUUCAUGUUCAGCAGUUUAUUUUAAAUGUAAACAUUAAUACACACUGAAAAGCCAAGAGCUACACUUUCGGAUUGGAGAAUCUGAAGGGCUGUAGACAUCACACAAUGUCAGCCGCCUUUUUUUUCUGAUCUGUAAAUGUUUUUGAGAAUUUGAUCAUUAUUUUAAAGUUACUGCCGCCACAAUGAAAGCCUUAAACAUCUUCAUGUGCCAGUUACAGAUACUUGGCAUAUAUUGUUCUUCAAUACAACAGUAAAUUAUAGUAAGAAAAAGCUAAACGUUACAAACAUUGGAAAUAGCAGUUGCACCAGAUCAAAAAAAGUCAGAUUGAGUGGGUAGGGUCACCAUUCCAAAAUCAAUUAAGUUAAGAAAGAUUUUGUGACAGUACUACUUUAAACAUAUCUUACCUAUAUGGCUUCAUUAACCCCCUAGAUUUAUUUUGCAAAAUGGGUUCCCUGUCUGUAAUUACUGUCAUUAAGAUUUAUGUGACACUUACAAUUUGGUCUUUACAAUUUUUUAAUGAUUGGAAUUUUGUCGUCUGUGUUCUAUUCUCAUGUUUUGUUUAGUUUUUCUCGUGUUUUACAUGUUUUAAUUCGAUAAAUGUCUAUAUAGUUGAUUAGCUUUCCAUCAUACUAACCCCGUCUUUCAAUAAUGUCUGUAUUCUACCCUUGCUCUCCCCCCACCUGCCUUCUUAAUUUAUAUAUGGUUUGGAAACUCCAAAAACGUAUCUAUUUUCUGUGCUACCUUGGAUGCCAACCUUGUCUUGGUGGGACAGUCAUAUUUUCAUUUUAUUUAUUUUUUUUUUUUUAAAUGUUACCAUGCAAAGCUGCUUCGAGUGUCUGCAGAUCAGCAUGUCUACAGAUAAACCUGUUAAUAUAUUCAAACACAAUUUCCAAUCACAGAAGGCUUCAUAGCAUGAUCUCAAUCUCUACCUGUGGCGUUGUUACAACUGUUUGAAAUGUACUUCUAUUUAUGAAGAGUGCUGAUUCUAUACCCAUGAGGAACACCUUGAUAAUUCUGGCAGUGGUAAAUGUUUAGUUUUGCUAAGUAGCCCUUCAUCUUCUCAAACUGGAAAGUUCAGAAUAAGUGUGGACCACAAGGAGAAGACUUUUUUUAUUUUAUUUUUUAUUCCCACCUUAUUGUAACACUAUGGGUUGCUAGGUCUCUGCCUUGGGGAAUAAAACAUCUAUGCACAUUUUCACCCUAUAAAAUUGUCUGAGAUCUAUUUGAGUUACACCAUGUACCGUGCUUUGCUUUUAUGAUGAUGAUGAUGAUGAAGAUGUCUGGUCCAUUUUUUGAUGUCGUUGAUGGAACACAUAAUAGAACAUAGAAAAAAGUAUCAUAAAGGAUAACUACAUUAGGUGUGUGUUGUAGAUGUAAUUUGAAUACACAUCUGAACGUACGGAUUAUAAAUGAUUAAAAACAAUGAAACA